AUGAAACUUUUUCAACAAGAACUCUUGGUACAAAAAUAUUUUCAAUUGAAAAAAACAAUUGGAGAAAAAUUAAAUCUUGAAAAACUAUGUUUGGUUAGCGAGAGUAAUCUGAUUAGUUCUGGAAGUUUUGGCUCUGUUUACAAAGGUGUUCUCAGAAGUGGGACUUCCAUUGCAGUUAAAGUGUUCAAUCUGCAAGUGGAAGCGGCAUUCAAGAGAUUUGAUACAGAAUGUGAAGUUUUGUGCAGCCUUCGGCAUAGGAAUCUCGUGAAAGUCAUCACUAGUUGCUCCAACCUUGAUUUUAAGGCUUUAGUGCUCGAGUAUAUGCCUAAUGAAAGUCUUGACAAGUAUUUGUAUUCGCAUAACUACUUCCUAGACAUUAGGCAGAGCCUAAGCAUUAUGAUAGAUGUGGCAUGUGCGUUGGAAUAUCUCCAUCAUGGAUGCUCCUUGCCCGUGAUUCACUGUGAUCUAAAGCCUAGUAAUGUUUUGCUGGAUGAGGAUAUGGUUGUCCACCUAAGCGACUUUGGUAUUUCAAAACUGCUUGGUGAAGAUGAGAGUGAUUUAUGCACAAAAACCUUAGCAACAUUUGGAUAUAUUGCAUCGGAAGAGAAGCAACCAGGGAUGAAUCUCAAGCUCUCGAUAAAGCUUGAUCAUCCAAUUUCAAAGUUUGACAUGGUAUCAGAGCAUCAGGUCGAUUUUUCCGCAAUCAAUUCCUUGUGUAUUGUCAAUCUGCAGUUGUGUGAGUUUGUUCAUCUCGAUUGA